GAGAAGAAGAAGAAAACCGUACAGUCAGUUAAUAACAACAGUUAAUAGAGAAGUAGGUUACUACUCAUUUUUGGCAGUAGUUGGAGUAGCGCGGUGCAGUAUGUCGGGUCUUAAACUGAUGAGGGCAAUCCGAGUAAAGGAGUUCGGAGCUCCGUCCGUCCUCAAACUUUGCGACGAUGUGAAAGUUCCACAGCCCGGAAGCGGACAGGUGCUAAUCCGUGUCCAUGCCUGCGGCGUGAACCCCGUGGAAACAUACAUCCGAGCCGGGACGUACGGCCGGAAGCCGUCGCUCCCGUACACGCCUGGCACUGAUGCAGCUGGCGUGGUGGAAUGUGUCGGCGAGGGCGUCGCAGCAGUCAAGGCAGGGGAUCGCGUUUUUACCACAUCCACUCAGUCCGGAGGUUAUGCAGAAUUUGCUGUAACCACAGAAGAAAGCGUCCACAAACUGCCCGACACUUUAGACUUCAGCCAGGGGGCGGCCAUCGGCAUCCCGUACUUCACGGCCUACAGAGCUCUCGUUCACAAGGCCCAUGUAAAGCCUGGAGAGACUGUUCUUAUCCAUGGAGCCAGUGGAGGGGUUGGUCUGGCAGCAUGUCAGCUCUCCCGCAUGUUGGGCCUCAAGGUGCUGGGGACCGCCGGGACCAAAGAGGGAAUGGAGCUUGCGGCCAAAAAUGGAGCUCACAUGGCAUUCAAUCACAGGGAGGAGGACUAUACUGGCAAAAUAAUGGAAGCCACAGGAGGCCAGGGAGUUGAUGUGAUUGUGGAGAUGUUGUCUAACGUCAACCUCAACAAAGAUCUCCAAAUGAUGGCAUUUGGAGGACGUGUUGCGGUUGUAGGCUCCAGAGGCUCCAUAGAAUUGAACCCCAGAGACACGAUGGCCAAAGAGACCAGCAUCAUAGGAGUUGCCCUCUUCGCUGCCACACCGGCGGAGAGGAAGGAGUGUGCAGCCCUGCUCGUUGCCGGGAUGGAAGCCGGUUGGCUGCGUCCAAUUGUCGGUGACCGGUAUCAACUGGACAAGGCCGCUCAGGCCCACCAGGACAUAAUCGAAUCUCGGGGGGCCACUGGAAAGAUUGUGCUGACCAUGUGAUCAUGUAACCGAACUAUAGGGACGGGUUGCAAUGGAAAAACAAAUCAAGAAGUAUUGUGCUAUUUACACGCAAAUCCAAUUGAACUGGUCGUUGGACAGCAUGUUAAGACUGUCCCCUACUUCCAAGGGGAGUUGAUUGAUGAUGAUGAUGAUGAUGAUUGUUUUAAUCAGUGCCUAAAAUUGCGCUAAUAUCCUUUUACGAUCAUUCUGUUCAUGUUUUCAAUACAUCUUAGUAGCAAAAAAUGGUUAGCUUUGCUUUUGUGACUGCGUCGGUCGGACAUUACAUCCUCUCUUCUCGGGUGGCAGCUGAUGCUACUGAGCGUGCGCCACAGUGGCUUCGGUAACCUAGGUUACAUACUCUGUACACAGCACAAUAUACACGGAGAUGAGGCCCACUCUUCCUUCCUGAUCCUUAGUGACAGAUAUCCUAGUUAUUUAUUACAGGUGUUUGUAGAACAUAAUCACCAGGGAUACGCGGUCCGAUCACCAGGUGAGUUUACUUCUUUGCUCACCCAAGUGGUUCUGUUUGUUUUAGGACAGGUCUUUUGUGUUAAGGGAAUAAAAGAUAGCAGCCACAUUUCACAGAUAUACCAUUCAUCAUAUUAAAGUUCCUUUCCCCAGAUGCUGCUACAUAUUCUUUAAAAUAACUCAAUCUUGACCUAAUGGCCUGAAACAAAAUGGCAAAUUAAAAAUGAAACCGGUUUUCAGUUGUAGAUGAUAUACAUACAAAUAUUUUGCCUUGAAACAUUAUGGGGCACUAAUGGCACAGAAGCAUCCAGUCCAUAAAGGUUGAAUAAAUAAUAUCGAGAUGAACAAUGCAGACUGUUCGACACAUUUACACAUCGUUGCUGGAUGCAUAGAAGUUACUUUGAAACGGUUCCAUUCAUUUCCACCCAGCGCAGAUUGCUAACAGAUCUGUGCUGGGUGGGUCCUCCUCUAUCGUGUUUCUGUUUUUAUUGAGAAUGAAUGUCUUAAUCAAGAAAUUCGAACAUACUCAGAUGUUUCUUUGUUUUUUAGCAUUCAGUUCACCAACCAAAUUCUGUAACUGUGAAAAGCAAAAUCAUAUAAUUUAAUUGGAGUGGAAAAUGGUUGGUUUAGAUAUCCUGAUAUAGUACGGUACCACGUUAGUGUUUAUUUUGCCCCCAUAAUGCCUGUGACUUCAAUAUCACAAUUUCCUUUUGAUUUUUAUUGUUUGACAUUUCUUUUCAGUCUCAAGCAAGUGUUUUUAUUUUUGUUUUUGCUUUUAUGUGAAAAUGUAAAAAAAACAACAUCCUGUGCUUAAAAAAAAGCUGUUGUUAAUCUUCUCUAAUUAACAAAUCCAUGACUCAUUUGUUAAUUAGAGAAGAUUAGGUCACAAGCCCAGAAAACA